UUUUUCCCUGUUGCCUCUGACAGUCUGCGAGUGGGCAGACAGCGGCAGCCGUGUCAGCUCCAUUGCGCACCAAGAAAGCGGAUUUCCAGCGAACGGAGCAUCAUCAUCAUCAUCAUCCUCCUCCUCCUCAUCAUCAUCAUCGCCGGGCACGGUUACACGUCGUCGCCUGUCUGCAACCUCCAGCUUGACAGGACCAAGAAAGCGAUUGAUGACUAAUAUCCUAAAGAGAUAGACUACAAUGUUGCACACCGCGGCCAACACGCUGGCAGUAGGAUUGCUUUUCUUAGGAUUCUUGCACAGUUUGGAAGUAAUCGCUCCGGCCAGGGCUGUUGAUGUGACAGCUGAGUACCUGCUGAAUGAAACACGUUUACAUGGCUUAGCCCCAAGGAGCUGCAGUCCAAAGCAGUUUGUGUGUAAAGAUGGGGUGACGUGCAUCUCUAAAGGCUGGCGCUGCGAUCGGGAAAAGGACUGCCCCGACGGCUCGGACGAGGAGCCCGACGUUUGUCCACACAGCACUGUAUCACGGUGCCCUCCCAAUGAGUACCAGUGUGGAGGAACAGAGCUGUGCAUCCACAUGAGCAAACUGUGCAACGGCUCCCCCGACUGCACUGAUGGAUGGGAUGAGGGCCCACACUGCAGAGAGUAUAUAUCCAACUGCUCUCUGAUGGGUUGUCAGGAGAAAUGUGCCGUCACCCCGCUCGGGCCUGCUUGUUACUGUAAGAGUGGCUACGAGAUCAGCCAAGAUGGAAAGACGUGCAAAGACUUUGACGAGUGCAGUGUGUACGGGACCUGCAGCCAGUCCUGUACAACACCGAGGGCUCCUACAACCUGCUCCUGCGUGGAGGGCUACUUGUCCAGCCGGACAACCGCUCCUGCAAAGGCCAAGAACGUGCCGGUGGACCGUCUGCCCGUUCUGCUGAUCGCCAACUCCCAGAACAUCCAGGCCACCUCGCUGAGCUGCACCACGGUGCACAUUGCUGUCCACCAGCACCAAACAAACACGGCCAUGGACUUUAUUACGCCCCAGGAAACCGUGUGCUGGAUCCGUGGAGACACGCCCUCGUCCACACACCUCAAAUGUGCCUCCAUUCCCAAUCUGAAGAGCUUCACCGAGGAGAGGGUGAUCAAUAUCUCGCUCAGCCUGCACCAUGUGGAGCAGAUGGCCAUUGACUGGCUGACCGGAAACUUCUACUUCGUGGAUGACGUGGACGAUCGGAUAUUCGUGUGCGACAAAGACGGCCAGACGUGUGUGACGCUGCUGGAUCAGGAGCUGUACAACCCGAAAGGAAUCGCCCUGGAUCCCACCAUGGGGAAAGUCUUCUUCACGGAUUACGGUCAGAUCCCGAAGGUGGAGCGCUGCGACAUGGACGGCCAGAACCGGACCAAACUGGUCGACAGCAAGAUCGUGUUCCCCCACGGCAUCACGCUGGACCUGGUCAGCAGACUGGUGUACUGGGCCGACGCCUACCUGGACUACAUCGAGGUGGUGGACUACGAGGGGAAGAACCGGCACACCAUCAUCCAGGGCCUGCUGAUCGAGCAUCUCUACGGGUUGACUGUGUUUGAAAACUAUUUGUAUGCGACCAAUUCAGACAACGCCAACAUGCAGCCAAAGACCAGCGUGAUCAGAGUCAACCGCUUCAACAGCACCGACUACCAGGUGGUGGCCCGGGUGGACAAAGGAGGAGCGCUGCACGUGUACCACCAGAGACGUCAGCCUCCAGUGCGGAGCCACGCAUGUGAGGUGGACCAGUUUGGGAAAGCCGGAGGCUGCUCCGACAUCUGCCUGCUGGGGAACGGACACAAGACCCGCACCUGCCGCUGCCGCUCCGGAUUCAGCCUGGGCAGCGACGGCAAGUCCUGCAAAAAACCCGAGCACGAGCUCUUCCUGGUGUACGGCAAAGGUCGUCCAGGGGUCAUCAGGGGCAUGGAUAUGAACGCGAAAGUGCCAGAUGAAUACAUGAUCCCGAUCGAGAACCUGAUGAACCCCCGCGCUCUGGACUUCCACGCUGAGAGCGAGUUUAUUUACUUCGCUGAUGCCACCAGCUAUAUCAUCGGACGUCAGAAGAUCGACGGGACGGAGCGGGACACCAUCCUGAAGGAAGGAAUCCACACCGUGGAGGGAAUAGCUGUGGACUGGAUGGCGGACAACUUGUACUGGACAGACGACGGGCCCAAGAAAACCAUCAGCGUGGCUCGGCUUGAAAAGGCUUCGCAGACGCGCAAAACCCUGAUCGAGGGGAAAAUGACUCACCCCCGGGCCAUCGUGGUGGAUCCUCUUCACGGCUGGAUGUACUGGACGGACUGGGAGGAGGACCCCAAGGAGAGCAAGCGCGGCAAAAUCGAGCGGGCCUGGAUGGACGGCUCCCACAGAGACGUGUUCCUGACCAGCAAGACAGUGCUGUGGCCCAACGGCCUGAGUCUGGACAUCCCGCAGGGCAUCCUCUACUGGGUGGACGCCUACUACGACCGCAUCGAGAUGGUCUACCUCAACAGCUCCGGACGCAAGACGGUGUACGAAGGUCAGGAGCUGAACCACGCCUUUGGUCUGUGCCACUACAAACACUUCCUGUUCUGGAACGAGUACCGGAGCGGCAGCAUCUUCAAGCUGGACACCACCACGGGCACGGCCACCCUGCUGCGCAACGAGCGGCCGCCCAUCUUCGAAAUCCGAAUGUACGACGCUCAGCAGCAGCAAGGCUCAAACGCGUGUCGCGUGUUCAACGGAGGCUGCAGCAGCCUGUGUCUGUCCGUACCAGGAGGCCGGCAGUGUGCCUGCGCAGAAGACCAGAUCCUGGACCCGGCUGACAACGCCAGCUGCAAAGCCAACCCGUCCUAUGUGCCCCCGCCUCAGUGCCAGCCGGGGGAGUUCGCCUGUAAGAACAACCGCUGCAUCCAGGAGCGCUGGAAGUGCGACGGAGACAACGACUGCCUGGACAACAGCGACGAGGCCCCCGAGCUGUGCUACCAGCACACUUGUCCCGCCGACAGAUUUAAGUGCAAGAACAACCGCUGCAUCCCCCUGCGCUGGCUGUGCGACGGGGACAACGACUGCGGGAACGACGAGGACGAGUCCAACACCACCUGCUCCGCCCGGACCUGCCCGCCCAAUCAGUACUCGUGCGCCAGCGGGCGCUGCAUUCCUAUUUCCUGGACGUGUGACCUGGAUGAUGACUGCGGCGAUCGCUCGGAUGAACCUGCGUCCUGCGCUUACCCCACCUGUUUCCCGCUCACUCAGUUUACCUGCAACAACGGGCGCUGCAUCAACAUCAACUGGCGCUGUGAUAAUGAUAACGACUGCGGGGACAACAGCGAUGAGGCAGGCUGUAGUCACUCCUGCUCCAGCGCUCAGUUCAAGUGUAACAGCGGCCGCUGCAUCCCGGAUUACUGGACCUGCGAUGGAGAUAAUGACUGUGGCGACUACAGUGACGAGACCCAUGCAAACUGCACCAAUCAGGCCACUCGUCCACCGGGAGGUUGUCACACAGAUGAGUUUCAGUGUCGUAUGGACGGCCUGUGCAUCCCCCUGCGCUGGCGCUGCGACGGCGACACCGACUGCAUGGACAUGAGCGACGAGAAGAACUGCGAGGGCGUCACGCACAUGUGUGAUCCGGCCGUCAAGUUCGGCUGCAGGGACUCCGCGCGCUGCAUCAGCAAAGCCUGGGUCUGCGACGGCGACAGCGACUGCGAGGACAACUCCGACGAGGACAACUGCGAGGCGCUGGUGUGCAAGCUCUCUCACCACGUGUGUGCCAACGACUCCACCAUCUGCCUGCCUGCAGAGAAACUUUGCGAUGGCACUGAUGACUGUCCAGAUGGCUCUGAUGAGAAACUCUGCGACCUGUGCUCACUGGACAAUGGCGACUGCAGCCACAACUGCACGGUGGCCCCCGGCGAGGGCGUGAUCUGUUCCUGUCCGCUGGGCAUGGAGCUGGGACCCGACAACAAGACGUGUCAGAUUCAGAGCUUCUGCGCCAAACACCUCAAGUGCAGUCAGCGCUGCGAACAACACAAAUUCAGUGUGAAAUGUUCGUGUUACGAGGGCUGGGAACUGGAGCCCGACAUGGAAAACUGCAAGAGCACAGAUCCUUUCAAACCCUUCAUUAUUUUCUCAAACCGCCACGAGAUUCGCCGCAUUGAUCUGAAUAAAGGCGAGUUCAGCGUCUUGGUCCCGGGCCUGAGAAACACCAUCGCCCUCGACUUCCACCUCAACCAGAGUGCGCUGUACUGGACCGACGUGGUGGAGGACAAGAUCUAUCGUGGGAAGCUUUCUGAGAAUGGAGCUUUAACCAGCUUCGACGUGGUGAUCCAGUACGGGCUGGCGACGCCGGAGGGCCUGGCUGUGGACUGGAUAGCAGGAAACAUUUACUGGGUGGAAAGCAACCUGGAUCAGAUUGAAGUUGCCAGAUUGGACGGCACCAUGAGGACCACUCUCCUGGCGGGAGAGGUGGAGCACCCUCGAGCCAUCGCUCUGGACCCACGGGACGGGAUCCUCUUCUGGACGGACUGGGACGCCAGUUUGCCUCGGAUUGAAGCCGCUUCCAUGAGCGGACAAGGCAGGAAGACCAUCCAUAAAGAAACUGGAAAUGGAGGCUGGCCAAACGGACUCACAGUGGAUUAUCUAGAGCGCCGCAUCCUCUGGAUUGAUGCCAGGUCUGACGCCAUUUACUCGGCCAUGUACGAUGGCUCUGGACUGAUAGAGGUUCUGAGGGGGCACGAGUAUCUGUCACAUCCGUUUGCUGUCACCAUGUAUGGUGGAGAAGUGUACUGGACAGACUGGAGGACCAACACCCUGGCAAAGGCCAACAAGUGGACUGGCAGCAACGUCACCGUGGUCCAGAGAACCAAUACUCAACCUUUCGACCUCCAAGUCUACCAUCCAUCCAGACAGCCUCAGGCUCCAAACCCAUGUGCAGCUAAGGAUGGAAAGGACCCCUGCUCACACCUCUGCCUGAUCAACUACAAUCAGACGUUCUCCUGCGCCUGUCCUCACCUCAUGAAGCUGGGCCCUGACAGACGCACUUGCUACGAGUCCCGUCAGUUUUUGCUGUACGCCCGUCAGAUUGAGAUCAGAGGGGUGGACAUCGACAACCCGUACUACAACUACAUCAUCUCCUUCACCGUGCCCGACAUCGACAAUGUGACCGUGGUGGACUACGACGCCCUGGAGCAUCGCAUCUACUGGUCGGACGUGCGCACUCAGACGAUCAAGAGGGCGUUCAUCAACGGAACUGGAGUUGAGACUGUGGUGUCUGCUGAUCUCCCCAACACCCACGGCCUGGCUGUGGACUGGGUGUCCAGGAACCUGUUCUGGACCAGCUACGACGCCAAUAAGAAGCAGAUUAAUGUCGCCAGACUGGAUGGCUCCUUUAAAAAUGCUGUCAUCCAGGGUUUGGACAAACCACACUGUCUGGUGCUGCAUCCAAUUCUGGGAAAGCUGUACUGGACAGAUGGGGAUAACAUCAGCAUGGCCAACACAGAUGGCAGCAACCGCAGUGUCCUCUUUACCAACCAGAAAGGCCCCGUCGGCCUCUCCAUCGACUUUGAUACUGAGGAGCUGUACUGGAUCAGCUCGGGAAACAGCACCAUCAACCGAUGUAAGCUGGACGGCUCCGGGCUGGAGGUGCUGGAAGGGGUCAGGGGCAAGCUGACCAAAGCUACUGCUCUGGCCAUCAUGGGAGAGAAGCUGUGGUGGGCUGACCAAGGGACUGACCAGAUCGGAACUUGCGACAAAAAGGAUGGCGGUAACUGGAAAAUCCUGAGGAACAGCACUUCUCCCAUGAUGCAUAUGAAAAUCUACAAUGAAACCGUGCAGAAAGGCACCAAUCUCUGUAGUAAUAACAAUGGAGACUGUUCCCAGCUGUGUCUCCCCACGUCUCCGACCUCCAGAGCCUGCAUGUGCACCGCGGGAUACAGCCUGCGCAGAGGGCAGCAGUCCUGUGAAGGUGUGGGCUCCUUCCUGCUGUACUCGGUGCACGAGGGCAUCCGAGGUAUUCCUUUAGACCCCUCAGAUAAGUCCGAUGCCCUCGUCCCAGUGUCGGGCACCUCCCUCGCCGUCGGCAUAGAUUUCCACGCUGACAAUGACACAAUCUACUGGGUGGACAUGGGACUCAGCACCAUCAGCAGGGCCAAGAGGGACCAGACCUGGAGAGAGGAUGUGGUCACUAACGGCAUCGGCAGGGUGGAGGGCAUCGCUGUCGACUGGAUAGCUGGAAACAUCUACUGGACAGACCAGGGCUUCGACGUGAUCGAGGUAGCCCGACUGAACGGCUCGUUCCGCUAUGUGGUGAUCUCCCAGGGCCUGGACAAGCCUCGCGCCAUCACUGUCCAUCCAGAGAAAGGGUAUCUGUUCUGGACGGAGUGGGGCCAGUACCCCCGCAUCGAGCGAUCCCGGCUGGACGGCUCUCAGAGGGCCGUCCUGGUCAAUGUCAGCAUCAGCUGGCCCAACGGCAUCUCCAUCGACUACGAGGAGGGCCUGCUGUACUGGUGCGACGCCAGGACCGACAAGAUCGAGCGAAUUAACCUGGAGACGGGAGAGAACAGGGAGGUCGUGCUGGCCAACAACAACAUGGACAUGUUCUCCGUGUCUGUGUUUGAGGGCUUCAUCUACUGGAGUGACAGAACUCAUGCCAACGGCUCCAUCAAAAGAGGCAGUAAAGAGAACGCCACGGACUCCGUGUCUCUCAGGACUGGCAUCGGGGUGCAGCUCAAAGACAUCAAGGUCUUCAACCGGGCCAGACAGCAAGGAACAAAUGUGUGCAAAGACAACAACGGCGGGUGUCAGCAGCUGUGUCUCUACCGUGGCAACGGACAGCGCACCUGCGCCUGCGCCCACGGCAUGCUGGCCGAAGACGGCCGCAGCUGCUGCGACUACGACGGCUACCUGCUCUACUCGGAACGCACCAUACUGAAGAGCGUGCACCUCUCGGACGAAAACAACCUCAACGCGCCCAUAAAGCCGUUCGAGGACCCUGAGCACAUGAAGAACGUCAUCGCGCUCACCUUCGACUACCGCGGCGGCGGCGGGAAAGGAGCCAACCGCGUCUUCUUCAGCGAUAUCCAUUUUGGCAACAUCCAGCAGAUCAGCGACGACGGAUCCGACCGCAAGACGGUCGUGGAGAACGUGGGCUCGGUGGAGGGGCUGGCGUACCACAGGGGCUGGGACAUGUUAUACUGGACCAGCUACACCACCUCCACCAUCACCCGCCACACUGUGGACCAGAGCCGCUGGGGAGCCGUUGACCGGCACACCGUGGUCACCAUGUCGGGAGACGACCACCCGAGGGCCUUUGUCCUCGACGAGUGUCAGAGCCUGAUGUUCUGGACCAACUGGAACGAGCAGUCUCCCAGCAUCAUGCGCGCCACGCUGUCUGGCUCCAACGUCAUCGUGAUCAUAGGCACGGACAUCCGAACGCCGAACGGCCUCGCCAUCGACCACCGCGCCGAGAAACUGUACUUCUCCGACGCCACGCUGGACAAGAUCGAGCGCUGCGAGUACGACGGCACUCGGCGCUACGUGGUGCUGAAGAACGAGCCCGUCCAUCCGUUUGGCCUGGCCGUGUACGGAGACUACAUCUUCUGGACCGACUGGGUGAGGAGGGCCGUGCUGCGGGCCGACAAAUACACCGGGGGGGACAUGAAGCUGCUGCGUGCCGACAUCCCCCAGCAGCCGAUGGGCAUCAUCGCCGUGGCCAACGACACCAACAGCUGUGAGUUCUCCCUGUGUCGCGUGAACAACGGAGGGUGUCAGGACCUGUGUCUGCUGACCUCCGAGGGAAGGGUCAACUGCAGCUGUCGGGGUGACAGGAAACUUUUGGAAGACAACACCUGCAUAGCUCUCAACACAACAUGCAACAACAUCGAUGAGUUUGAGUGCGGAAACGGAGACUGUGUGAACUACACCCUGACCUGUGACGGCAUGGCUCACUGCAAAGACAAGUCUGAUGAAAAGCAGUCCUACUGCGCCAACCGGGUGUGUAAGAAAGGUUACAGACGAUGUGUGAACGGCCGCUGUGUGAGGCACAGCUCUUGGUGCAACGGGCAGGACGACUGCGGGGACAACUCCGACGAGCUCUUCUGUAACACCACGCUGUGCUCAGCCGAUCAGUUCCAGUGCAGAGACGGCAGCUGCAUCUCCAACUCCAGCAAGUGCAACCAGAAGGUGGACUGCGAGGACGCCAGCGACGAGAUGAACUGCACCGCCACCGACUGCUCCAGUUACUUCCAUCUGGGAGUGAAGGGAGUGACAUUUCAGAAGUGCGAGUUCACCACACUCUGCUAUGCACCUUCAUGGCUCUGUGACGGAGCCAAUGACUGCGGAGACUUCUCAGAUGAAAGAAACUGCCCAGGGAGUGGAAAAACAAAGUGCCCCACGCCCUUCUUCGCCUGUCCCAGUGGACGCUGCAUCCCGAUGAGCUGGACUUGUGAUAAGGAGAACGACUGUGAGAACGGCGCCGACGAGGCUCACUGUGACAAGUUCUGCUCAGCCUCCCAGUUCGAGUGUCAUAACCACCGCUGCAUUCCCAACCGGUGGGUGUGUGACGGAGCGGACGACUGCGGCGACGGCAGUGAUGAAGACACCAAGUGCAAGACUAAAACCUGCAGCCCGGAGGCGUUCCAGUGUCCGGGGUCGCACAUGUGCAUCCCUCAGCGGUGGAAGUGCGACGGUGACAAAGACUGUCCGGAUGGAGCCGACGAGAGCGUCAAAGCCGGCUGUGUUUUCAACAACACGUGCAGCAACAACGAGUUCAUGUGCCAGAACCGGCAGUGCAUCCCCAAGCACUUUGUGUGUGACCAUGACAACGACUGCAGCGACGGCUCCGACGAGUCCCAGGAGUGCGAGUAUCCGACGUGCAGACCCAGCGAGUUCCGCUGCGCCAACGGACGCUGCCUCAUUCAGAGCUCCUGGGAGUGCGACGGAGACUUCGACUGCCACGAUCACUCAGACGAGGCGCCCAAAAAUCUACGCUGCCUCGGUCCAGAGAAGAAAUGCAAUGACACUGCGUACGCCUGCAAUAAUGGGAACUGCGUCAAUGAGACAUUGCUCUGCGACCAUAAAGACGACUGCGGCGACGGCUCCGACGAGCUGAACUGCUUUAUUAACGAAUGCCUCAACAGCAAACUGAGCGGCUGCUCGCAGCUCUGCGAAGACCUGAAAAUAGGAUUCAAGUGCAGAUGCCACCCCGGCUUCCGCCUGAAGGACGACGGGAAGACGUGCGUCGACAUAGACGAGUGCACGACCACUUAUCCCUGCACGCAGCGCUGCAUCAACACGCACGGCAGCUUCCACUGUCUGUGUGUGGAGGGCUUCCAGCUUAGCCCUGAGAACCCCACAAUAUGCAAAUCCACUUCGGACGAGGAACCUUUCCUCAUCUUUGCCAACCGGUAUUACCUGAGGAAGCUCAACUUGGACGGCUCCAACUACACUUUACUCAAACAGGGCCUGAAUAACGCCGUGGCUCUGGAUUUCGACUACCGCGAGCAGAUGAUUUACUGGACAGAUGUUACCACUCAGGGCAGCAUGAUCCGACGCAUGCACAUCAACGGCAGCGACGUCCAGGUCCUGCACCGAACAUCACUCAGCAACCCAGACGGCCUGGCGGUGGACUGGGUGGGAGGGAACCUGUACUGGUGCGAUAAGGGACGGGACACCAUCGAGGUGUCGAAACUCAACGGAGCAUAUCGGACUGUUCUGGUCAACAGCGGCCUGAGGGAGCCUCGUGCUGUGGCUGUGGAUGUGCGCUAUGGAUACUUGUACUGGUCUGACUGGGGGGACACACCCCACAUUGGGAGGGUCGGAAUGGACGGCACCAACAGGAGUGUGAUCAUCGAGGAUAAGAUCACCUGGCCCAAUGGGCUGACGCUGGACUUUGUCAAUGACCGCAUCUACUGGGCUGACGCGCGGGAAGAUUACAUCGCAUUUGCAAGCCUGGAUGGAACCAACAGACACAUAGUUCUGACUCAGGACAUCCCCCACAUUUUCGCCAUGACGCUGUUCGAGGAGCACGUCUACUGGACCGACUGGGAAACAAAGUCCAUCAACAGAGCUCACAAGACGCUGGGGACCAACAAGACGCUGCUGAUCAGCACCUUGCACAGACCGAUGGACAUCCACAUCUACCACCCAUACCGCCAGCCUGAAGUGGCAGAUCACCCGUGCCAGAUAAACAAUGGAGGCUGCAGUAACCUGUGCCUGCUCUCGCCUGGAGGGGGCUACAAGUGCGCUUGUCCCACGAACUUCUACCUAGCCGCCGACGGCAGGCAGUGUUUGUCCAACUGCACUGCGAGUCAGUUUGUUUGCAAAAAUGACAAGUGCAUUCCCUUCUGGUGGAAGUGUGACACUGAGGAUGACUGUGGAGACCGCUCCGACGAGCCGGCAGACUGCCCCGAGUUUAAGUGCAGACCAGGCCAGUUCCAGUGCGGCACGGGAAUCUGCACCAACCCGGCCUACAUCUGUGACGGAGACAACGACUGUCAGGACAACUCUGACGAAGCAAACUGCGACAUUCACGUGUGUUUGCCGAGUCAGUUUAAAUGUACUCACCCCAGCCGCUGCAUCCCCGGAAUCUUCCGCUGUAACGGACAGGACAACUGCGGAGAGGGGGAGGAUGAGAAAGACUGUCCCGAGGUGACGUGUGCACCCAACCAGUUCCAGUGCGCCAUCACGAAGCGCUGCAUCCCACGGGUGUGGGUGUGUGACAGAGACAAUGACUGCGUGGAUGGAUCGGACGAGCCCGCCAACUGCACUCAGAUGACUUGCGGUGUGGACGAGUUCCGCUGCAAAGACUCGGGCCGCUGCAUCCCGGCACGCUGGAAGUGUGACGGCGAGGACGACUGCGGAGACGCCUCAGAUGAGCCCAAGGAGGAGUGUGACGAGCGGACGUGCGAGCCUUACCAGUUCCGCUGUAAAAACAACCGCUGCGUGCCGGGCCGCUGGCAGUGCGACUACGACAACGACUGCGGGGACAAUUCGGACGAAGACAAGUGUGUGCCCCGUCAGUGUUCGGAGAGCGAGUUUGCCUGCACAAAUGGCCGCUGCAUAGCCGGGCGCUGGAAGUGUGACGGAGACCACGACUGUGCCGACGGUUCGGACGAGAACGGCUGCGACGUGAAGUGUGACAGCGAUCAGUUCCAGUGCAAAAACGGCCACUGCAUCCCCAUCCGGUGGCGCUGCGAUGAAGAUCCCGACUGCUUGGAUGGCAGCGACGAGGAGAAGUGCGACAGCGGCUUGGGUAGACACUGCCCCCUGGAUGAAUUCCAGUGCAACAACACUCUGUGUAAACCGCUGGGCUGGAAGUGUGACGGCGAAGACGACUGCGGAGACAACUCUGACGAGAACCCGGAAGAGUGUGUGAAAUUCCAGUGUCCACCCAUGAGGCAGUUCCGUUGCCAUAACGACCGCGUGUGCCUGCAUCUGUCGAGACGCUGUGACGGCGUGGACAACUGCGGCGACGGGAGCGACGAGCUCAACUGCCUGCCUCCCUCGACACCCGUCUGCCAGAAGGAUAAAUUCCAGUGCUCCAAUGGACGUUGCAUCAGCUUCAAUCUGCGCUGCAACUACUUCAACGACUGCGAGGACUACGGCUCUGAUGAAAUCAACUGCAACAAGAAAGACACGGUGCUGAACGACUGCCGCAGCAACCGGACGGUGUGCGGCGACGGCGACGAGGCGCACUGCGUGGUGAACGGCACCGACUCCUUCUGCUCCUGCAAGCCCGGCUUCCAGUCCACUGGGCUCAACAGAUGUGAAGAUAAAAACGAGUGUGCCCAGUUCGGAUUGUGUUCUCACAUCUGCAACAACACUAAGGGGUCCUACAAGUGCAGCUGCCACAAGUAUUUCACCAGGAUCAACGACACCUGCAAGGCUGACACUCAGCGGCAGGUGCUCUACAUCGCGGACGACAACGAAAUCCGCAGCCUGGACCCGUCGAUGCCGAACUGGCGCUACGAGCAGGUAUUCCAGGGCGAUGCCAACGUGCGCAUCGACGCCAUGGAUCUGCACGUGAAGACGAACCGCAUGUACUGGACCAACUGGCACACGGGACGCAUUUCCUCCUACGACCUGCCGUCUUCCGCCUCCUCCCCGAACAGUGAGCGGGAACGCCCCCAGGGUGACUUCAGGGUCGUUAACCUCGAGAUUCCCGAUCUGAAGAUGCCCCGGGGCAUCGCCGUGGACUGGGUGGCGGGUAAUCUGUACUGGACCGACUCUGGCAGGGACGUGAUCGAGGUGGCCCAGCUGAGCGGAGGACGCCACCGCAAAACCCUGAUCUCCGGCAUGAUCGACGAGCCGUACGCCAUCGUCGUAGAUCCCCAGAGAGGGAAAAUGUACUGGGCGGACUGGGGCAACCACCCAAAGAUUGAAACAGCUGCCAUGGACGGAACCAUGAGGGAGACGCUGGUGGAGGAAAACAUCCAGUGGCCAACCGGCCUGGCUGUGGAUUAUUUCAACGAGCGUCUGUACUGGGCGGAUGCCAAGCUGUCCCUGAUCUGCAGCGUGAGGCUGAACGGCAGCGACGCGGUCGUGGCCGCGAACAGCAUCAAGAACAAGCUCAGUCACCCCUUCAGCAUCGACGUCUUUGAGGACUUCAUCUACGGCGUCACCUACAUGAAUAACUACGUCUUCCGAGUCAAUAAGUUUGGCAAAGGGCCCAUCGAGAACCUGACGACCGGCAUGAACCACGCCACAGAUAUCGUCCUGCACCACCGAUACAAACAGCCUGAGAUGACGAAUCCCUGCGACAGAAAGAAAUGUGAAUGGCUCUGCCUGCUGAGCCCCAGCGGACCCGUCUGCACGUGUCCCAACGGACGGACGCUGGACAACGGGACGUGUGUGGAGCUGCCGACUCCGACGCUGUCUCCCGUCUCUCCUCCCAGCGGCCCCUGCCUGGUCCAGUGUAUGAACGGCGGCAGCUGUUUCCUAAACGCCCACAAGCAGCCAAAGUGCCGCUGCCAGCCCAAUUAUGGAGGAGACCGAUGCGAGAUUGAUCAGUGCAGGGACUACUGCAAGAACGGAGGCACAUGCACACCUUCGCCAACGGGCUCUCCCACUUGCCGCUGCCUGGCCGGUUUUACCGGGCCUAACUGUAACCUGCACACUUGUAAGAACUACUGCAAGAACGAAGGCAACUGCACCGUGAGCCCUGGAAACCAGCCGACCUGCCGCUGUCACUCUGACUUCCUCGGCGACCGGUGUCAAUACAGAAGCUGCGAGAACUACUGCCUGAACAAAGGAACGUGCCUCCAGAGCGAGGACGGCUCCAAGCUGUGUCGCUGCCAGCACCAGUACACGGGAAGCACGUGUGAAAUUGAUAAGUGUCACUACUGCCGCGACGGCGAGUGUAUCCCCAGAGACAACUUCAUGUCCACCGGGGGCUUCACCUGUCGUUGCACAAAUGGCAGAAUCCAGCCCAGCUGUUACAGCUGUGACACAAACGAGUACUGUGCAAAUGGCCAGUGCUCCUUAAACCCGCUCACUCGCCUCCCAGAGUGCAGAUGUUCUCCUGGCUGGGCAGGACAUCGCUGCGAGUCUGUGGCCAGCGGAGGCGACAACCAAAGUUCAGGCGGACGCACAGCCUCCAUCGUGAUCCCGGUGCUGCUGCUGCUGCUCCUGGUCCUCCUGGCUGCAGGCGCUCUGUUCUGGUAUAAGAGGAGAAUGAGAGGGUCUAGCCGGCUCAGCAAAACCGGCUCCAGACGCUUGCGGGCCAAGGGCUUCCAGCACCAGAGGAUGACCAACGGGGCAAUGAAUGUAGAGAUCGGAAACCCCGCUUACAAGAUCUACGAGGGUGAGCCCGACGACGACGCCGGCGAGCUGCUGGACGCAGACUUCACUCUCGACCCAGACAAGCCGACCAACUUCACGAACCCCGUGUACGCCACCCUGUACAUGGGCGCCCACAACAGCCGCAACUCGCUGGCGAGCACGGACGAGAAGAAGGAGCUGCUUUCACGUGGAGACGAGGAGCCCCUGGUGGACCCGCUGGCGUAGGCCGUCGGCCCGUCGGCCCGGAUCUCGCUACUCCAAACACACACGUCUUCUUGCCUUUUGAAGUAAAACUAAACUUUAAAAAAAAAAAAAAAAGGAAAAAAAAUCGAUAAAAAGUGUGAGAGAAAAUUGAUAAAAAGUGUGAACACUGUAUAAAAUGUACAAAAAUGAAGGACUACUUUUGUAUGUGAUUGCAGUAUUAUAUUUUGUUCUUUUGAGAUUCCUCUGGUCAAAAACAAAUAACAUUUUCUAUGAGAGAUUUUUAAUUUACACUUUGUCCCUUACCCUUUACCCAAAUAGCCACUACCUCUGUGCAAAAUGAAAUGGAAACAAGAAAAUCAGAAGAAAAGAUGCUAUCAUUGGAGCAAUUUUAAUUUUUUAUUUUUGUAUGAAUUGUAUAGAGAAGAAAAAGACAUUGUUCCAUUUCACCAGUGCCAACUGUUUGUUGUUUGUGUUGACUUUGAGCGGGAAAGGCAAAACUCAAAGUUUUCUGAAUUGGUGUAUCUGUUUGUCUUGCUGAGUUUCACAGCAAGGUUUAUGUGAGACCGGUUCGCGAUAGCACCGUUUGUGUACAGCACAUGUAAAAUGUCAAUACCAGAUGGCAACUACAGUAUUUCCACAUUUUUAUUCCUUUUUUUUUUUUUUUUUCUCAGAGAACAAUGUUCAUGAAAUGAUUGUGUUGUCUUCCUUGCACAGAAUAUCACAUUUCUCGGUACAGUGUAAUGCUGUGGGCUUUACACCGUGAGAUGUAAAGCAGAGUUUUGUUUUUUUAAUCACGUAACGUGCGUCGCUGAUGUGAGCGGACGAAAAGGCCCGCUGGUGUGUGAGCGUGAAGUUGGAACGAGAGAAAGUUGGUGUUUUUGGGGUUGAACAUUCCAGACGAAGUGAGGCUACAGAUGUAAAGGUGACGGCCAUAAGGGUCUUCCUCCAGAGGGAAACAGUAGGCUGCAAUUCAUGGUACAAUGUGACGAAGGAAAAGAUUUUGCUGGCUCUUUUUAUUUUAUUUCUUUCCUUUCUUUCACUUCUCCCGUCCUUUUUUUUUUGAAAUCUGCAGAAACCAGAUAAUGCCUGGCUUUGUGAGUAAAUAUGUCUUUCUGCCUUUUAGAGGAUCAAAGUCUGUAUGUCGACAGUUUUGUAUUGGCUCAGUCUUAAGUGCAUUAUGUUGAUUUGGUCCUUAGCGUUUCCGUUCUCUCCUGGAGCUCUUUACGGACUCUUGUUUUUUUUCGUCUGUGCCCUGCUGCUGCUAAUGCUGCCGGUUCCGGUUGCUCUGACACGUCCUUACGCUCAGCCUCUGUCCCAAAAUGCUGCUUCUGUCAGAAAUGUGUCAGCCAUAUCUUAAUGCAUGUGAAAAGUAACACGAGUCUUCAAUGUAACUACAAUAACAAGUUUUUAUUUUGCUUACCUGUCAGCGAGUGUUAUUUUAAGCUGUUGUAUAUGUUUCGUCUUUAAUUGAGAGAGAAGUACAAUCAUUUUACGUAAAGUACAUUUUUUUUUGCAGAAUCAUAUGUGCAUUUCUUUUUUGAUUAGUUUGGUUUUUUUUUUAAAUGAAAAAUGACACAUAGCUUUUAUAGUACACAAUGCAUGGAGGCUCAGACUUUCUUCUGGAAAGAGAAUAAUGUUUAAUUUUUGCUGGAGUACUUUACAAACUAAAUAACAGAUAUUGUUAUAAAUAAACAUUUUGAAAAUUG